AUGCUGCAUUAGAGACAUGGAUACAGAGGUACUGGGCUCAGACAGCGGUGGAAGGUGCUCACAGCUUGUAGCAUAAAAGAAAGAGAAAGCCACGGAUGAAAGGCAUCGGUCUUUGUUAUAAAACAGCAUCUCCAGUUGACUGCUAGCCGCCCUCGGAGGUCAGUGAAGGAGUUUCAGUUCACGGUGUCUCACACGGUAGAGAGUACUUUAAGCAAGAGAGCAAGAAACCCCAGUCCACCUGCACCCAACCAGAGAUGCAGAUUCUCCUCUCAAAUCCCUGCCCGUAGUGGAGCACAAAGAGAACGGCGAGACUCCCACCUCCUUCCGUGAGAAGAAAGGAAUCGGCAGAGCAGAUUAAUACGGACUUGUGUCUGGUGGCCUUUCUGGAACAAAAGCGGCCUUUUUUGAAAAAAAAAAAAAGAGGGGGGCGGGGGCGCAGCCCCAGUGGUGUUUAAUGAGCUGUGAGAUGAGGCGCUGCUCCUAACAGUCAGAUUCCGAGAUUCACCGGCUAUUCAUUGUGCUUAAUGUACAUGUUUCUACACAGUGCUUUUAGAAGAGCCCAAAAGGAGAUCCAAAACGGCUGCGGGAGAAAGAUCACCAAACAUGCCUACAGAAACACUACCGACAGGUAGCAUGGUGAAACCCGUCGGGCCGGCGGUCGUCCCCUUCACCUCCGCCGUCCCCCUGCGCAUCCUGAACAAAGGACCGGACUAUUUCCGCCGGCAAGCGGAGCCCAAUCCCAAAAGACUCAGCGCCGUGGAGAGGCUGGAGGCCGACAAGGCGAAAUACGUCAAGAGCCAGGAGGUCAUCAACGCCAAGCAGGAGCCCGUGAAGCCGGCCGUGCUGGCGAAGCCGCCCGUGUGCCCCGCCGCCAAGCGGGCGCUGGGCAGCCCCACCCUGAAAGCGUUGAACAACCACGCCAAGACCGAGAGCGGAGUGCAGCGGGAGAACCUGAAGUUGGAGAUCCUGAAGAACAUCAUCAACAGCUCGGAGGGAUCCAGCUCGGCUUCCGGCCACAAGCACGGCUCCCGGAACUGGGCCCCGCACCGGGCGGACUCCUCGGAGCUCAACCGGCACUCGUUCGCCGAAUCGCUCAAGGCCUCCCCGGACCAGGGCCGGAGCAGCCCGCAGGAGGGUGGUCUCCGCGCCGGCCGGAGGCUGCUCGACAAGUCGGCCGAGUCCUUCCUGCACGUCUCCCACAGCUCGUCGGACAUUCGCAGAGUGACCAGCGUCAAGCCCUCGAAGGCGCCGGCCUGCAGCAGCUCCGCCCCGCCCCUGCCGCCCAAGCCCAAGGUGGCCACCGUGGCCACCCUCAAGUCCCCGGAGAUGGACGCGGGGGAGGCCGGCUGCGGGGUCGGCCGGCGGCCCUCCCUGCAGAGGUCCAAAUCGGACUUGAGCGACAGGUACUUCCGCGUCGACGCCGACGUGGAGCGGUUCUUUAACUACUGCGGGGUGGAUCCCGAAGAGCUGGAAAACCUCGGCAUGGAGAAUUUCGCAAGGGCUAACUCCGACAUCAUCUCGCUCAACUUUCGCAGCGCAAGCAUGAUCAGCUCAGACUGUGAACAGUCUCAGGACAGCAACAGUGACCUUAGAAAUGACGACAGUGCCAAUGACCGGGUGCCCUACGGCAUUUCUGCCAUUGAGAGAAAUGCCCGAAUCAUCAAGUGGUUGUAUAGCAUCAAGCAAGCUAGAGAGUCGCAAAAAGUGUCCCAUGUGUGAGGGAGGGAGGGAGCCAGAAAGAGAGAGCCAGAGAAGGAGAGAGAGACGUGGAGACGGGGUGGGGUGGGGUGGCAGGGAGAGGGAGGAAGAAGACCCUUAAGGAAGAUGAAAAGAAGACUGUGUCUUUGUCUGUGAAUAUUCAGUUGUGAAGGGUUGUGAAGUCUACUUGAAGUCUUGUAAACUUCUCAGAUCUCUUGGUGUUGCUUGUUGUGCAAUGUCUUCAAGUUGCAUGCCUGUCAACAUGUGAGCUGACCUGGCUUCCUCUCGAACAUAACUGCAGAGCCGGCCUGAACAUUCACAUUAUCCGCCAAAAGUCUAAGACCAGAAUCGAAUUAGGGCUUCGUUAUAAUCGGGACCGUUUACAUAAAAGAAAAGGUUUACGUCUUAGUCCUCCUUUAUGUACGUUCUGUUGUUUUACCUCCCCGCGUCCUGGGGUAUCGGUGAAAGAUUUUGUCAGCCUAUGCUGCUGGCUUCUGAGGUGGGGGUGGGACCCUUUCGAGAUCAAAAGUCAAAUUGGGAAAAAUCCCAGACGACGAAAGAGGGUGGAGAAACCCGAUCCGCCACAGAAGUGCUGUUCUGGCAGGAGAGGGAUCGAAAGAGGCCAGGUUUGCUGCAGGCCGCCGUGGGAAGUACGAUGGUUAUCAUUUUUGGUAUGAAAAAAAAAUCUCACACCAUGUACGAAGUCGUAGUCUAGAGACGCUGCUUGACAUUGCUUUAACCCAAGUAACCUAGAUACAUCCCGCGUUCGGUCCAGUGCGUAAAUGUUGAUGAUUUUCUGCACCGCUGGUCUAAGAGGAAUGGAGAGUUGAUGAAUUGACGGGUGAAAAGCGGUUCUCCUCUCUCGUUUGAAAUUUGAAGAUUCCCAGUUUCGUAAACUUUUUGAUAAGUGUAGCUAGACCCUAAAGCCGACACUGAAUGCCUUCCUUUGUCAAGCACAUUCGGGAACACAAAUUCCACGAGUCUUAUUUUCUUUUUCUUUUGGGAGGGAGGGUUUUGCCAAGUUGACCUACUCGAGGAGUCCAUGAACAAAAAUGGAAACACACAGCCAUAUCAAUAUAAAGCCUCCUGUUCACAAGUAAAUACACUCAGUCGCAGAAUUAUAUCUGAGAAAGUGUGAUUAUGUCGUCUUGCAUAUGUCGUAUCUCGGGCUGGGAACGUUGGUCGCAGCUCUAGGAAACUGUAGAAACACAACAGUAAGUAGCUUUUUCUUUUCCCUCCUGUUGGCGAGUGCUGCACAUCGACCUGUUAGGAUUUCUUUUUUGACAAUCUGUGUCUUCCUGAUGGUUUUACCUGACUGUCCUUCAGCCGACAGUUGCAGUUUGGUUGCCGAGAAUUGCGAGUUGAGUGGUCUGCUUCAUUAUUAUUGUAUUCAUGCUUUGAAGUCCAUUGCAGCACUACCUUAUACUUCAUCGGCUAAUAGGAAACUUUUUUUAUGGUGUAAAUGCUGUAAGACUUUGUACAUACUACAGUUGUUAUGAAAUCUUUAAAAAAAAAAAGUGUUAUGCUAAUAAAUAGCUCCCGGUGCAGGUUCUGGUGGUGAUUGUUUCCCUUUGUCUUUCCACGUCCAUUCAUCCCACUCCGCUCUGAAAAUGGAUUUCACUGCCCCGGUGAGGCAAGGAUAGUGGGAAACUUGGUUCAACACCAUUUCCAUUCUCUCUUUUCUCAAGAAAGCCCCCCGUCUCGGUAUCUGGCCUUCUCUAAGUGUAGCUAGAGGAGCGUGCUCUGGCUGUGGGUCUAGGUAACAGCUCCUGAAACAGCUCGUUGCUUCCUGACUUAUUUCACCCUUACUUCACGGUUCUGUGUUUUCGGUCUUUACGCCCCGUUCCUCACCUCUGUCACAUCCUACACACGUUUCUGAGCUUGUAAAUAUUGGUACAUUAUCUGCAGGAAAGGUAGGCAUUUCCAAAAUCCCAGUUGUAUUUCUGUUUAGGGGAACGACAACCGUGAUGCUAUUAUCCACAAAAACUGACCAUUUCGCUUCUGAAAGACUGCCGUUGUUCUUGUCUGGGCUAACUCGCCCACCAAUCAGAGACUAAAAUCGAACGGAGACUUGCUGGUCGAAUGUAGAGGUAAAGAGUAAAAUAUUUUUCAAUUGGCUA